ACAUGUCAACUUGAGUGAAAUUUGUGAAACAUAACUUUCUUCAAAACACUAGUUGGAAAAAAAUCAUGAAAAAGGAUAUAAAGAAUCGUAAGAAGAAAAUGUGUGAUAUUUCGUUGAGAUGUGCAUGCAAAAUAUACACAGAGAUAAUCGCUCCUCUAAUGCUUUACCAUUCUGGCCGUCUUUAAAUCCUCGGCAGGCAGCAGAUGAUGGCAAGGUUCUGCACCUGCUUAAAAUGUGAAAAAACGCAAUUUUUUCCCACCUUUUCUAUAAACUUUAUUAUAGUGCAAAAAUGAGCCGAAUCUUUUUUAAACAACUAAGCUUGAUUGAAAGACGCUCAAUACAGUCAGUCAUUACGAGAAGAGCUCUCACUCAACCAGCAGUCGCAAUACGAUCUCGCAAUAUAAAUAUGGCUUCAGCCAGUAGACGACUAACUCAAACAAAAAAUUGGCUAUCACCGAACAACAGCAACAAUCUGAGAAAGAUGGCAACAAAUGCACAGAGCUCAAUCUCUGGCCUAGAAGCCACUCAAGCAGAAGUACAAACCAAGAGCAACCUAGCUGCGCGUCAUCUUAUUUUAAAUCGUCCAAAGAAGUUAAACGCGCUGAACCUCACAAUGGUUCGUUCGCUUUUACCGCAACUUCAAUCUUGGGAAAAGUCUGAUUUAGCCAAGGUUAUAAUACUAAAGAGCUCUGGUGGCAAAGGCUUUUGUGCAGGGGGUGACGUUAAAACUGUUGUUGAUUUAGCGGAAGCUGGUGAUCCCACUGCUACCAAGUUUUUCGAAGAAGAAUAUCAAUUAGACCAUUUAAUUGCUACUCUUGAUACCCCUUAUAUCGCUCUUAUGGAUGGUAUAACCAUGGGUGGUGGUGUAGGCUUAUCUGUCCAUGCCCCUUUCCGUGUGGCUACAGAAAACACCUUGUUUGCUAUGCCUGAAACCGCCAUUGGCUUCUUGCCUGAAGUCGGAGGAUCUUUCUUCUUAUCAAGAUUAGACGGCCAAUUGGGUGUUUACCUUGGUUUGACUGGUAAACGCCUUAAGGGCACAGACGUUUUAUAUGCUGGUAUUGCUACCCACUAUAUACCCUCAUCUCGUCUUCACGCUCUCGAAUCACGCUUGGCCGAAUUAGAUAAUGCAAAUCACGAUAUCGUCAAUGCAGCUCUUGAAGAAUUCUCAGGUGAACUGCAAGAUGAACCUCGCUUCAGUCUUUCCGGCGAAAAGCGUCGUAUCAUUGACCGUUGUUUCAAAUACGACACAGUUGAUGAAAUUAUUGCUGCUCUCGAAAAGGAAACACAUCUGCCUGAAUUUGUUGAAGAGACGUUGGGUUUAUUGAAAAAGAUGUCACCUACAUCUCUUAAGGUUACUUUACAGCAAAUCCGCAAUGGUGCUACUUUGAGUUUAGGACAAUGCUUCAAGAUGGAAUACCAUUUAGUACAAAAGUUUUUGAAGGGUCAUGACUUUAAGGAAGGUGUUACAGCCACCUUGGUCACCAAAUCUAAACCUAACUGGGAUCCUAAAGACUUAUCUGCCGUCAACGAUGCUAAGAUUAAAGCAGACUAUUUUGAUAGUCCUUCGCCUUUACGUUUGGAUUUAUUGACAAACCGUGAUUACAAGAAGUACCCUCAUCGCAAAUAUAUGUUACCAGCCGAAGAAGAUAUUAGACGCGUGGUAACAGGCGAGGCACCUGAUGUUGGAAAUUUUGCCAUGACCCGUGAGGAAGUGGUCGAUUACUUUUUGCGCGAUCGUCAAGGUAAACAAGGUGUGAGAGAAAAGGUGCUGGAGGUCCUGAAUAGAAAGACAGUUGAAAAUAAGCGAGACGAUAAUAAGACUGUCAAAUGGAUAUAUUAAAUUGCAAAUCAAGAUUAAAGAGUAAAUAAAGAAGAUCCAUUAAGAAGUGAUAUGUAUUUAUAGAUAACAAAAACAAAGAUGAUAAUA